UAGCGUGUCCAAUGAGCGUCGCCCUCUGGCCUCGGUGCGGCGCGCACUGAGCCAAUCGGCAGCGACAGUGGGCGGGUGCGGGAGAGGCGCGCGGUGCGGCGGGGGCGGAGCGGACGCUGCGGCAGGAGGAAAGAUGGCGGACGAGGAGAAGCUGCCUCCCGGCUGGGAGAAACGCAUGAGCCGGAGCUCAGGCCGGGUGUACUACUUCAACCACAUCACCAACGCCAGCCAGUGGGAGCGGCCCAGUGGUAACAGCAGCAGCGGAGGCAAGAAUGGGCAGGGCGAGCCUAGCAGAGUCCGCUGCUCACACCUGCUGGUCAAACACAGCCAGUCCCGGCGACCCUCUUCUUGGAGGCAGGAGAAGAUCACGCGAACCAAGGAGGAGGCUCUGGAGCUGAUCAAUGGCUACAUCCAGAAGAUCAAGUCUGGAGAGGAGGACUUUGAGUCUCUGGCCUCACAGUUCAGCGACUGCAGUUCAGCCAAGGCCAGGGGAGACCUGGGUGCCUUCAGCAGAGGCCAGAUGCAGAAGCCGUUUGAAGACGCCUCAUUUGCACUGCGGACAGGGGAGAUGAGCGGGCCUGUGUUCACGGACUCCGGCAUCCACAUCAUCCUGCGCACCGAGUGA